AUGAGUAUAAAUAAUUUUGAGCAUCUUACAAUUUUAAGAAAAAAAAUAUUUUUUGUUGAUUUGGAAGAUAUUAAAGAUACAAAAGUUGAAAAUAAUAAUACUUAUGGAUUUUCAAUAAAUAUUAAAAAUAUAUCUUAUUUUUAUAAUAUUGGUAAAACAUUAAUUAAUCAAAUAGGCAAUUCAUAUGGUGAAAUAUUUUGCCAAUGGCAUACCUGUGAUUUAGGAGUCAAGUUUUUUGAUAAAAAAAUAGAUAAGCAUGAUAUUAAUAAUUCUAAUGAAAAAUUAAAAAUUGAUUAUGCAAUAAUAUUUAGUUUGAAAAGAUUAAACAAUAAAUUAUAUCUUGGUACUAUGUUUUAUUACAAAGAAAUUUUUUUUUACAAUGGUUGCCCUGUAAGAAAUUAUAUAAAGAAAGAAUCUGGUAUAAAAUAUUAUGCCUAUAAACAUGUUUAUGAUAAUGGAAUUGAUCUCCCAAAUUAUAACAUGUCACAUUUAUUUUUACCUAUUUUUCCUCAAUAUGAAAAAGAAACUUUUUUUUCAUGUGGUUGGAUAGAACAAACAUCAUUACCAAAUAUAGAAGUUGGAUUUUAUCUAGAAGAAAGUUUUAAAGGUAUUAAUGAGAUAACUAAUAAUAGUUUUAAUAUUGAAUUAGAUCAAAAUUGUUAUGAAUUUAAAAGCCAAUUUAUGUAUUCAUUUAUUUAUACAAAUGAAAAAUCUAAUAUAUUAAAUUUGAGAGACAUUUCAAAAAACAUUAAUAAUAGUAUUAAUUAUUUUGGGCAAAAGUUAUAUUUUUUUAACAUGAAAAAUUUUGAAUAUUCACAUUAUUUUGAUUUGAAGAAACCUAAAGUACAAAUACCAUAUUCAAUUUGCAUCCAAAAGUCUAAAGUUUAUAAAGCAAUUAUAAUUCCAGUACUGGAAAAUUUUGAAGAUAUUAAACUUGACAACACAACUAAUGAAUACUAUCAAUUAAUCAAUUCAUCUAAUUUUAAUGAACUAUUUAAACCAAAAUGUAUAUUAAAAAUGAUAAAUGAAAAAAAUGAAAAGUAUAAAGAAUUCUAUUCAAAAGCAAUUAAUUUUACUUUGAAAAAAAUUAAUAAUUUUAAGAAAAUAAAAGAUAACAAUAUAAUAUUUGAAAAUGAUAAUUUAGAAAUAUAUGGUAAAUAUUCUUGUGUUUUUACUAAAAAAGCAGAAUUGAUAACUGAUAAUUUUGUGGAAAAAAAAGAUUUAUAUAUACUACCAUUAAAUGGUACAAUCUUUAAAAUAUCUUUAUUAAAUGUCUCUUAUCAAAAUAUUCCUUCAUUCAUUUGUUCAAAAAUGAGGUAUAGUGUUGUUGAAAAAAUGAACAUUUAUAAAGUUUUAAAUAAUAGUGAGGAUAUUUUAUUAUACUCUGGUUCAUUAAUUAAUUUACAAUCAGAAGAUAAAUUGAUGAAGAAAUUAACAUCAAAUAUAAAAUUAUUUAAAGUUUUAUGUGAAUAUAAUACGAAAGUAGGGACCAAAAUAUCAACAGUUCAAAAUUUUAUAUUUCAUUCAUUUACUAAAAUGAAUAAAAAUAAUAUUAUUCUUGUCUUUAAUAUCUUAGUUAUAUUGAUAAUAAUUAUAGUAAUAUUAAUAAUAAUGACUUAUUUUAUUUUUGUAAAAAGAACACCAAAAAAUAAAGAAAAUUAUAAACCAAGAUUUAAAAGAAAGUCAAUACGAAAUAUAACUUCUUUUGAAAUGAAGAAUGUAUUAUAA